AUGACUCGUCAGACAAUGCAACGUCUGAUCGGCUUCAAACUUCAGGUUUGGUUCCAGAACCGCAGAGCCAAGUGUCGCAAACACGAGAGCCAGAUGCACAAAGGAAGCAGAAUGACUCGUCUAGCAGGAAGAAUGACUAGGCUAGGAGGGAGAAUGUAUCGUCCAGUAGGUAGAGUGAUUCGUCCAGGAGGCAGAAUGACUCCUCUGGGAGGUGGAAUGACUCGUCCAGGAGGUAAAAUGGCUCCUCUGGGAGUAGCACCCUAUGUCUCGCCGCUACGCCUGCACCCACCGCCCUACGACAGGCUGCCCGCCCUCCCCGCCCUCUCACUGGACCCCGCCCUACUCUCAGCCGCCCACCAGUAUGCUGCAGCAGCCGUGUCCCUGAGUGCAGGUAUGACGGGAGUUAGCAGCAGCAGCAGUAACCCCCUGACGUCCCCGCCUCUGCUCUACUACCCUCACCCCACCUACCCGCUGGCGCUCUCAGCUCUCGCCGCAGCUGAGAGAGUCUCCUCCAAGAACUCCUCCAUAGCUGAACUAAGACUCAAGGCCCGAAAGCACGCAGAGGCUCGGGGACUCACCAUGCCCCAGACAUAA